CCUCCCUCACUCCCUCCCAUCCACCCGCCCGACCGCGCGUGUCCCCGCCCCACGGAGGACCCCAGCAGCAGCAGCAGCAGCACCAGGCCACAUGCAAGCGUACGACUUCGAAUCGGAGCGCCUGACGAAAGGCACGAUCCGCUCCGCGGAUGACGGCUCGCGCCGCUGGACGCUCGAGACGACGCGCCAGACGUUCAACGGGCGCAGCAAGACGACGAUCGAGAACCGCGCGGGGACGCUCGUCGGGACGAUCGACUGGCGCGAGCGCGUGUUUGAGAUCGCCGGGAGUGCGUUUGGGAUCGACGUGCUCAAGCGGAAGGUGUCGAAUUUCUCCGCGACCCGGUACUGGCGAUGGAAGAGCGGCGAGGAGUACAAAGUGCGGUACUCCAAUACGGAGGACGCAUGGCAGGUGAAUCCGCACCGCGACGCAUUCUCACAAGGCGCACUUGCUCACCCGCGCGCAGGCGUCCUUGGCGACGGGCGAAACGGUCGGCGAGCUCAAGUCGAGCAUCACGCCGCUGUUCCGGGAGCCGAGCCUGCCCGUGCUGCGGCUGUCGUCGACGAUCCGGGACGACGAGGAGCGCGUGUUCAUGCUGAUGCUGCUCGUGUAUUCGGAGAUGAAGCGACUCGACAGGCAGGACUGACCAGCGUCCUCGGCCUCGGGCGGAACAGUCAUGGAUCGAACGACUACACAGACGAACGGCAUGGCUACUUUUUACAGGCACUCAGCAUUUAUAUCACCACUACUUCCAUUCUCCAAUACUCAGUACUGUACCCACCACCGUUCCUGCUUACGGCAACCGUAGUAUGGUAG